AUGGAGACGGGCAAAGAACCCAGUCUAGACGACACGGAUUCUGCGCCUCUGGACCUAGACGUUGCUGAAGAGAGUAUAAACAUGGCCGACCCGCACGCAGAUUUCACGCUCAUGCCACCAGCAGACCUAAGCGAAGAAGCAAGUAGCACAGACGCCAUGUUUUCCGCGCCUGAUGAUCUCACUGCAGACUGGGCCCAGUGGAUGCGCUGGGACGAUGUCGAAGACACCAAGCCUUCGCUUUUCAAUAUCCCGAACAUAUCUGGCUCGACACUUCCGCAGCCGGGUUUCUCUUUUCCAUCUGAUGAUGCCGUGCUAGGCACCUCGAACUGUUCUCUUCCAUCUGGUCCCAAGCAACUCCCACCUUCCACCAUAUUCCAAGAGCAACCUACAGUUCAAACAAUUCAACCGGCACCACAAUCCGAUGCCUCUUCCCCUUUGGCACCCUCUCCUACAUCGUCAGUUGGGCGGAAACGGAAGUCUUCCCACGAUGAUUCACCGAUCAACGACAUGUCUGCUUCUACUACCGAUAAGUCGGCUCCGUCAAAGAAACGGUCACAUAACAUCAUCGAGAAACGAUAUCGUGCAAACCUCAAUGACAAGAUUGCCGAGCUACGAGACAGCGUUCCCAGUCUACGCUUGACCUAUAAACAGCGUCAUGGAGGCAAGAAGUCCAACGAGGACGAAGAUGUUGACAUUACGUCUGGAAACAAACUCAACAAAGCAUCAAUUCUCUCAAAAGCCACCGAGUACAUCAAGCACCUAGAACUUAGAAACAGCCGUCUCGAGGAGGAGAACCUUGCUUUAAAAAAUCGGUUUCGUGAACUCGAAAAGGCCCAGGGUGUAAAUCUAGCUUCAUACCCUGCCGUUGCUGGCUCUGAUACCUCUCCAGGAGCCUGCACCGUUUCUACAGACUCUGUUGUUACUUCUUCCCCAGAUAUUUUCUCUCACGCGAGUGAUUUUUCUCCCGAUUCACCUCCAAACCCCCUUUUUCCGCCGGAAGGACUACUCAGGCCACCUGACGGGUUCAACCAGCUUCGCCCCACGGGGCCCCAACCCCAUUAUGCCGACUCCUUUCAAUACAAUCAGUCUCGAGACUAUGACUGCUCCCCGUUAGAAAGUACGAGUACAACCAAUUCGAGCAAUUCGCCAACUACCCGUGGGCGACGCCAAUUUAUGGGCCUCCCCAACAAGUUUAUGCUAGGUACUUUGGCUGGUAUCAUGGUCAUAGGUGGAUUUGAGAACCACAGAUCUUCUGACCCGGAGGAGAAAAAAGAACUUUUUGCACUCCCCCUCCAGUUUCUAGGAAGCUUUUAUCGCCUUGCUCUUCGAAAUUUCUACUUUAUCAAAGCAAAUUCCUGGCAGAUACGUGCCCUAUCACACUUUGCUCUGACUUCCCUUGUGAUCUUCGGAUGUGCGUUUUUUGUGUUCCUAUACCUUUUCAACUCGAGGCCCAGGAUCUCCCGAGUACCUCUUAAAGCACCCAAGACCCGAAGUAUAUCACAACAGCAGCUGCAACAGACUUGUGUUGGUGGUUCACCUACAGAAUUUCGACAAGAUGCAUGGCUCACGAGCAUACAAACUGUUGGCGUCCCGCGACAUAAUUUUUUCCCCGAAUGGUUUGCCGUUACAUCCCGCUGUUUGGAGUACUGUAUUCGGUGUCUACUCGGGUGGAAAUUAUACUCCUUCAUUACCGGCAUCAAUGCAGAUGACGAGAAGGGCCGUGUUAAAGCGUGGGAUAUUGCCCUUGAUGCCCAACUUACUGGUGGGGAUGCAGAAGUUAGCAAAAGCAGAUUGGUGCUCACUAUUUUCGCUGCCGGUACCCUUCCCCGUAGCCCUGCUCGUAUGAUGCUCAAGGCAUUCCAUUGCAGGGUACUUCUAUGGAGGAUUGGCUCCACUGGUUCCUUGACAUCCAGGAUAUCUGAUUAUAUCGCUAAAAUGCUUGCGAACUACCAAUGGGAACUUGCCCAAAGCAUGCAUCGAAAGGGGCCAAAGAAGGGUGAGGACCCUCUACCAAGCCAUCUUGCUUUUCUCUUAGCAAUGGAUUGCGACGAAGUGUUCACCGACUCUAUCGUCCAACGCGCCACUAAUAUGAUUUGGAACCGACCUACCCAGGAGGCAACAGAUGGUGAAGAUGCCUUGCUAGAUGUUGUUGUCGAAGAUACUGCUGUUCGCUCACCACUUGAUGUUCUCGCUGCAUGGUGGUCUAGCCGUGCACUACAAGAGGCUUUACUCAAAUCCCUAGACUUGGUGUCAGUUGAGUCGCCACUUGAGAAACGCAAAUCCUUCGAAAGAAGCUUGGAUAUAGCAUUACACUCUGCCCCUGUCCCGUCAACGGCGUAUACCAGGGCAACCGUAGUCAAAGCCUUGUUUUUUGAAGAAGACCGCAUUAAAAAUGUCAAUACCGUUCUCGCAACUCUUCCCGCUAGGAAAUCACAUAAGCCUAGUUCAUGUGGUUUGACAAACUUCCUCGAUUCUUCGAUCCCACCAUCAGCAAGGGAUGAAAUUUUUAUUGGUGUGCGGUGUGCAAUGAUUGCUGCGAUAUUACGAGGCCAAGUGGGAAGAGGUGAAGACGAACCAGCAUCUUCUCCUUUUUCACUUUCUAGCGCCAUAAAGCAAUUCAAUGCUGCUCCUGUUGAUGAGGUUGAACUUACGCUCCUUGGGUUCGCUUCACAUUAUCACCUCCUCCACAUUACUGCCACAGACGAAAGACUACUCCCUUGCCCUUCUCUUGCAUCAUCUGCCUAUUCGUCAUUAACAGAUCAAUCGGAUUGCUCUGAAACCACAACCAGCCACUACUACGACGACCAGGAUGUUCCAAUCCCAGACUUAGCCCGAAUUGCAGCGGACUUGAUAUUCUGGGUGCGCAACGCAUAUAAUCCGAUCUCUUCAGGGCUGAAUGCCAAACUCAUGGAAAAGGUUGUGGUAGAUUGCGUUGAGGUCUGUCGUAACGCCGGCAUCGACAUUGACAUCAGAAAGAUCCAGCGUAUCAAGACGCAUCAACGAGAGUCUAGCGUUGAUCUUACGCAUAUACCCACCAGCUCUUCAGAUGGGAAGGAGAGAGAGUACUUACAGCAACGAUACUGGAUAUGGUAG